AGCCAUGGCUGCCAUCCGGAAGAAGCUGGUCAUUGUGGGGGACGGUGCCUGUGGGAAGACCUGCCUCCUCAUCGUCUUCAGCAAGGACCAGUUCCCAGAGGUCUACGUUCCCACAGUCUUUGAGAACUACAUUGCAGACAUAGAGGUGGAUGGCAAGCAGGUGGAGCUGGCUCUGUGGGACACGGCGGGGCAGGAAGACUAUGACCGCCUGCGGCCUCUCUCCUACCCGGACACUGACGUUAUCCUCAUGUGCUUCUCUGUCGACAGCCCCGACAGCCUGGAAAACAUUCCCGAGAAGUGGACCCCGGAGGUAAAGCACUUCUGCCCCAACGUGCCCAUCAUCCUGGUGGGGAACAAGAAGGACCUGAGGCAUGAUGAGCACACCAGGAGAGAGCUGGCCAAGAUGAAGCAGGAGCCCGUGCGGUCUGAGGAGGGCCGGGACAUGGCAAACCGCAUCAGUGCCUUUGGCUACCUCGAGUGCUCGGCCAAGACCAAGGAGGGGGUGCGGGAGGUGUUUGAGAUGGCCACCCGGGCCGGCCUCCAGGUCCGCAAGAAUAAGCGCCGGAAGGGCUGCCCUCUUCUCUGAGGCCUCCCAGAGAAGGACUCCCCUACUUCCUUCCCUCUGCCUUCACGGGGCACAGAAACUACCUGUCCUCCCCAGGUCGCAUCCUCUUAGGGCGUCAUGCCAAAGGCCCCUCCGGUUCCCUCCAGCCCAGGACUGCAUGGCGUUGCCCCAGCCCCAGAGAACAGUGUGGUGCUCUGGCCCCCCCUGGGGCUCUGGUAACUGGGCCUCUGCCCCUCCCUCAGGUGCCCCUUCUCCCUGGCCCCCAGCCAGGCUCUCCAUCCCUUUGGCCUUCCAGAGUUAUCACACACCAGCACUUUAUACACUUCUGGCUCACUAGGGAUCUGGGGUAGGGGGCUGGGAAGGUGCAGCCCAGAGAAGCCCCAGCCCCCCCCCUCCUGUUUCCGGCAUGGACAGGACCUUUUCUCUGGCUGUCCUUGGGGGG